AUGAGUGGGUUCCCACCGCAGAGGCAUCUGGACUACUUGACACCUCAACUUGAGGUGCCCACUGAUACGCGAGUGGCGUCUGUGGCGUUGAUUGGCGCUCCAAAUGCGGGAAAGAGCUCACUUAGCAACGCGUUGAUCCGAAAUCGGGUGUCUGCAGUAUCGCGUAAAGUGAACACGACACGAAACCGGAUUGCUGGAGCAUGCACAAUCGAGAAAAGGCAGCUUAUUUUCUGGGAUACGCCCGGUCUCAUUGAGCAGCAGUUUGUGAAAGAUCUUGGAGAAGCGCGUAGAGAGCUCACCACGUCUGGAUGGGGAGCAGCGGGGGAGGCUGAUGUAGCCGUUCUGAUCGUCGACGCGUCCCGAGGAUUGCAAUAUUGGAAAAAAUGCGCAGCGAUAGCGGGUCAGCUUGCCUCUGUUCGGAAGAGAACACGGGUCCAUGAGGAUGCCACGAGGGAUGCAAGCGAGGAAGGAGGGGCAUAUCGCAAGGCAGCACUGCUCCUAGUCCUCAACAAAUGCGAUAAGACCAGACCGCGGACAAGGCUCUUAGAAGCGGCAGAGUUUUUUCAGGAGAACAUUGAAGGAUUUGAAGAAUGUUUUGAUGAGCAAGUGUACAUGGUAUCCGCAUAUAAUGGUCGUGGAGUUGACGAUCUUCGGGAUGCUUUGCUAGAUAGAACAACGCCAGGGCCCUUUGAGGUACCUGGAGGAAUGACGCAUUGUGACGACGACUUGUCGUUAAUCCGACAACAUAUCUGGGAAAAGCUGCUACAUACAAUUCACCAGGAGAUCCCGUACCAGUGCCGGUUUGAGAAUGAAGAACUUGAACAGUUACCGAACGGUGAUAUAUAUAUGUCUGAGGUCAUUCGAGUGCCGCAUGCGCGAACUGUCCCCAUCGUGAUCGGCCCGGGUGGCAAGCUGAUAAGGUGGAUAUGUGACAAGACAAUGGAAAGUGCGUCCCUGGCGUUAAGGCGCAACGUUCAUCUCAAGCUACGAGUGGCAGUGGCAUAA